GAGGACAUGUCAGUCUACUGCGCGUGCGUGACGUUGAGUGAACGUCGUCUCCACGUGUUCGAAAAUGAGCGGUAGAGCGCGACCUCCGGAUCUGAAAAAGUACAUGGACAAGCGCCUUCACAUCAAGCUGAAUGCGAAUCGCAAUGUUAUUGGUGUUCUACGAGGUUUCGACCCUUUCAUGAACUUGGUAUUGGAUCAGGCCGUCGAGGAGGUUUCUGACAAGGAGAGACACGGGAUUGGUAGUGUGGUGAUCCGCGGCAACAGCAUCAUCAUGAUCGAAGCCCUAGAGAGGAUCUUCUGAGCGAGACAAGACGUGUAGCAUAGUCUUAAGAUUUGCUGUCGUUCUCUGUUAUACAGAGUUUUACGUUUGAACGUGGAGCGGGUCAACAUAAAUGUUUGCUAGUGUAGUGUAGUGUGUCCACUGGUAUGUGAUUGCUGUAAGACACGUGUGUGA